AUGGAUCCAAGACGCCACCAAGACACCGCCACCGGAGAGUGUCUUUUGCCGGAGCCAUGGGUUCUCAACCCUUUGGUCGAAAACUUCCUGGGCUCCGACUUUGGGCGCAGCUUUCCUUUUGUAGAUAGCCUCCUUUUUGAGGAAACCGCACGACUGGCGUACGACGCUUCCGAUCAAAGCGACUCACCCUUGCACCUGGGUGCAAGGGCCUGCGCGCUCGCUAUCUGCGCAAUCGCCAGCACCAGAAUAAAGCAACCUGAAGAAGUAAGCCGCAUCGACGCGCAGGCAUGUAUACGCCAGGCGGAGCGCCUGAUCAACAGGAUACCCACAGACACGAGCCUGCAGAAGUUGCAGGCCACUGUGAUGCUGUGGCUGUGGAAAGGUCAUGUUGGCGCUUUCGCAGAUUCUAGGGUAUACCACGUAAUGGCCUGUCGCAUCCUCUUCGCUCUUGGAGGGCACACGCGCGUGGCCAACAUACCCCAGGACCGCAAACCCACCCUGCAAGAGCGCCAUGACCACAACGUCAGAUACGAGCACUGCGACCUCACCCUGCCCCAGGGUUAUGUUGAGCUUAUCUACGGACCCAAUCGCAGUUCUCGCGGGGCAGGCGAAAUACCAAUGCCAUGGCUCAUCUCCGAUCUCCGAUUGAUCCAGAUCAAGUCGAAAGUGAUCAACCAGCUUUACUCCUUUGCAUCCACCAAGAAAUCCGACGCAGAGAUCCUGCACACAAUCCGGCAACUGGACGAAGAAUUGGAGCGAUGGCGCCAGACCAUACCGGCCCAGUUUGCACCAAGUCUAGCCAUCCGGCAUGGAGUCAAAUUGAGCGAGCACCUAGAGCAGUCUGCAAAGAUGUUACACAUUGACCUGCAUUUGGCGUACCACCAUCUGCUGAGCAUUAUCCACUACGCCAGCGCGCGCUGUGCUGGCGUACGAAGCAGCGCGAAGAGUGAGAUUCACUGUGGACUACAAUCCAGCCUCGAUCUUUCGGUGGAAGCAAGCCGUUCGACAUUGAUAUUCCUCAGUCUCGCCGUGCAUCAUCUGGCCAGUGAAGUGUUCUGGUUAUUCAUAUUUUACCCAGUCUCGGCUUUCCUGAGCCUCUUCUUCAACCUGCUCCGCAGUCCAGGUAAUGAGUACGCAGAGCUUGAUCUGGAACUCAUCCGGACAGCGUCAGAGGUCCUCCGGAAGAUGCCAAAGAGUGACUCGUCGCCAGAAAAAACAGCCUACUUGGAUAGGAUUGACCAGUUCUGCGGAGAGAUCAGUCGCCUGGCCGAGUGCGCCAUUGCUAGAUAUCGGGAGAGUUGA